AUGCGUAUAGUCUAUCGUCUAUCAGAGGAGUUUCAAUUCUUUCAACAGAGAAAAGAUGCAACCGGGAGGGAUGGCCUCUCUCCACUGCAAAAAUGUACGGCUGCAAUUCGUCUCCUUGCUUAUGGUUCAGCUGCUGACUCGGUAGACGAAUAUCUUCGACUUGGUGAAAGCACCGCACUUUCCUGUCUAGAUAAUUUCACCGACGGAAUUAUUCGGUUAUUUGGAGACGAGUAUCUACGAAGACCCACGCCGGAGGAUCUUCAACGACUACUCGAUAUUGGAGAGAAACGCGGAUUUCCUGGGAUGGUUGGAAGCAUUGACUGUACGUUAAACGAUCUUAAUGUCCUCGAUCGGUCCCCCGUUUUUGAUGACAUUUUGGAAGGUCGAGCUCCAAGGGUCCGGUACGUCGUCAACGGACACCAGUAUGAUUUGGCGUACUACCUCACCGAUGGUAUAUAUCCAAAAUGGUCAACAUUUAUCCAAUCUAUCUCACUCCCCCAAGGUGCUAAAGCAGAGUUAUUUGAUAAAGUUCAAGAAUCAACACGAAAAGAUGUGGAGCGGGCUUUCGGAGUUUUGCAGGCUCGGUUCGCUAUUGUUAAAAACCCGGCUCUUUUAUGGGACAAGGCGAAGAUAGGGCAGAUUAUGCGAGCAUGUAUCAUACUACACAAUAUGAUUGUCGAAGAUGAACGGGAUGGUUACACUCAGUACUAUACAACUGAAUUUGAAGAAGGAGAGACAUCAAGAAGUUCACAAGUGGAUAUGUCCUAUAGUACCGAGAUGCCUUCAAAUCUCGGGAACAUGCUUGGGAUUCGGAAUCAUCUCCGCGAUAGGCGUAUACAUGAUCAAUUGAAAAUCGAUUUAAUUGAAAAUGUUUGGACUAAAUUUGGUGAUGAAUAUUAA